AUGAGCUCCCUUCGGAGCAGCUGCCGCAGCGGGCUUCUGUGUACCCGCCGGACGCAGUGGGAGAUGUGGCCGCUGAGGAGGGCAAUGGCAAGUAUUGGACAGGGUGCUGAGCCAGCUGCAAUCUGCCGUACAUCCUCUGGGGGUGCUGGCGAUGCCGUUGACCUGGGUUUGGAGCAGUGGCACCCCCGGCAGCCCUGGAUAGCGGCAGCUGACGCACGAGGGAGGGUUCAAGUGAUUGACAUAGGGCCCUCCUGCGGCUCCUCCUCCUCUUCCGCCGCCGCCGCCGCCGCCAUGAAACCCAACACGGCCCCUCCAGGGGGCCCGGGGCCCGUAAAGCGCCCCGAGUUGCUGGCGGCGGGGGAGGUGGCGGGGAGUUUGAUGGCCGUACUGACGCACGAGGUGCUGCAGCAGGAGGCCCUCAGCCUCUCCUGGAGCCCCACUUCCCCCGGGCUGCUGGCGGUGGGCUCCGUGGGGGUGGUCCCCAGGUCCCUGGCUGAGGCUGCUGAGGACUCGGGUGCCGGGGGCGAGGUCUCGAUCCCGGGAUCUCCCGGGGGCAAUGGUCACGCGUUACCAGUAGUGCCUAACCUAAUGCAUGUAUGUAUGUCAUACAGGGUUACUUCCUUGAGUUGGAGUUCGGACGGGCGUAUGCUGGCAGCCGCCUCCCCCAGCCAGGCCGGUCUGCAGGUUUGGGACAUCUCUACGGGCAUAUCCACUUCGGUGGGGGCGGGUUUGGCGGCGUUCGACACCGUGAGGUGGUCCCCGUGCGGUGACUACGUGUUUGCAGCGGGCACCGGAAGCCGGUACUUCUACAUUUUCGAGACGCACAAGUGGCGCUGGGCUCGGUGGCAGAUCGCGUCAUCAUCAUCAUCGGAUACAUCGUCCGCGUCCUCCGCUACCGCCGCCUCAACAGCAGUUGCUCCAGGCGGUGUGGCGGCGGCCGCGGCACCGUCGUACUCGUUUGGCGGCGCGACCUCCGUCGUGGCGGCGGCAUGGGCUCCGUCGGCACCCGGUCGUAACCCCAUCUUGCUGGCGGCUCUGUCCGGCAUGUCGUACUUGGUUGCCGUACAUUUGGUCGAUUCGCCGCCGGGUCUGACGGCUCAGUUGUUGCCUGUCGUACUGCCGGAGUUGCACCGGGGUGGAUCAGCAGCAGCCGCUGCGUCCGUGGGUGGAAGGGAUGCGGGCGCGGGUUUCAGUUCGUCGUCUGGAACAUCUUCGUCGGCGGCUGUGGCUGACCUGACUUGGGAUCCCCGCGGCGAGAGGCUGGCCGUGCUGUUUUCGGUAUCUCCAGGGCAGGUGCCCACCUGCAUUGCCCUGUACAGCACCAUCACAGACCCGCUGGUUUCGGCGCGGCUUAUCGGAUUGGCCCGACCUUCGCAAUGUCUCUGCGAUGCUGCUGGGGCAGCUGGCCCCGGUUCCUGCCCUGUGGCAGCAGGCUUUAACAGCGGGCAGCAGCAGAAGCAGCAGCAAGCGGGUCCGACAGCCGCGGCAGGGGGAUUUGAAGCUGGGCCGUCACAGCCGAGGGACGGUAUCAGCUCCCUCCUUUUCCUCACCAUAUUCAUCGCGAGUGGAAAUCUGGGACCACGCGCUUCUCGUUCUCCUGGCUGCUCAUGGCGGCCCUGUUGUGCUGUGCGGUAA